AUGGAGGGUCUUCAAAGAUCAACCAUCUCGUUCCGUCGUCAGGGAUCUUCCGGUAUAGUCUUUGAUGAUCGUCUCAUCGCCGAGCUUAGCAAACAGGGGGUCGAGCACAAAGACGAAAGUCAACGCGACGAACAGCCUAAGCCGAUGUCGGAAGGCUCUGACCAAGGGAAACCGAUCGCCGUCGCCGGCGAUGAGAGAGACAAGCUCAGACCGAUCAAAACCGGUGUACCGACAGCGGGAGGAAUCGAGAGGAGUCGAUCCAACGGCGGAGGAGCUCCUCGACACCACCGAACAACCGGAAGAGUGUCUCCUGCAGUGGAACCGCCGUCUCCGAGAAUCUCAACUUGCGGUUGCUGCUCUGCGUUUGGGAAAAAACCGCCGGGGAAGAAGAAUAAUCCGAGGAAAAGGCCACCGAAGCGCAGAUCGAGAUAG